AUGGACUUAAUCAGUGCGUUGUCUGAUGAUUUGCUUGCUAAGAUAUUACUGUUGGUUCCGACCAAAGUUGCUGUAUCCACUGGCAUCUUGUCGAAACGGUGGGAGUAUCUUUGGAUGUGGUUGCCUAAACUCGAGUACGGUCAUAGAGAUUGUUCAGAGUCUGAAUGCGAGAAGCUACGGUGUUUCCUUGACAGAAAUCUGCCAUUACAUAGAGCUCCGGAUAUCGAAAGCUUCCGUCUUGAAUUGUGUAAUUCACGUUUUAAACCGGAGAGUAUAAACACGUGGGUUGUAGUAGCUCUUUCUCACUGCCUACGUGAGCUGGAUAUAUCAUAUGAGUCUUAUCCGGAGAAGCCAGACAUAUUGCCGAGUAACUUGUAUACCUCCAAAUCGCUCGUGAUCUUGAAACUGGAGGGGGAUAUCCUCUUGGAUGUUCCUCGAAUGGUCUCUCUUCCGUCUCUGAAAACUCUGAUGCUUCAGAGGGUGAGAUACCUCAAUGAUGAAACUCUUCAACGGCUUCUAUCUAAUUGUCCAAUUCUUGAAGACCUAGUGGUGAGGUUAAGUGAAUAUGGUGACACCAUGCAAAAGUUGACAGUUGUUGUUCCAUCUUUGCAGAGAUUGACACUCUAUAUACCCUAUAAUCAUGAACUAUAUGAGUAUGUGAUAGGCACUCCUUCUUUAAAGUAUUUCGAACUUGUGGAUUAUAUUGAUAAUGAUCACGACGGUUUGAUUGAGAACAUGCCUUACCUGAUCGAGGCAUAUGUAGAUUGUUGUUGCCCUGAUAUCUAUUGUCUUAUGGGAUCAAACACAUCUGUCAAGCGUCUUACCAUAUGUUCAGUGGCUAUUCUCGAUGGUCUUGUCUUCAAUGAACUUGAACAUCUGGAGGUAUGUCUAUGCACAGUGCUUUUCUCGAAUCAACUUGUCCAGCUGCUCAAUGCUUCUUUUAAGUUAAAGAGACUAGACAUCUCCUUAAUGGAUGGUCAUGUGCCUCGAUAUAUGGACGACUGGAACCAACCAAGUACUGUUCCUGAAUGUUUGUUGUCAAGUCUACAAAGUCUCAACUGGUUGGAGUACACAGGAGAACCACAAGAGAGAGAUAUUGUGGUUUACAUUCUGAAACAUGCUCGUCACUUAAAGACUGCAACAAUCACGUCACUUGAAUCGGAUGUUCCAAAAUUUGAGAUGAUAAAGGAGUUGGCUCUUUCUCCUAGAGCUUCAACAACAUGCCAACUCGUGUUUGAAUGA